CUCGAAUCUUUCUGGAUUUAAAGCCACUAAAGUGAAACAUUUCCCGGUCAGCACUUUGCAACGAUUGCUGUUUCGUGCUUGCGGCCAUUAGCGCCACCACUUCAGAACAUCACGUCGCAACACAAGUUCAAGUCGAUAUGUGUUUAAACGCGACUUGAAUUGCCUCCAAUAUUUCCUGAAAAUGGGAUGCCUCGCCGGAGAACUCUCGUCCAGACAAACUGCCAAUGCAGCAGGCUUUGCGAAUAUUUGAAUGUAAAACUAAAGGAGGCUGGUGUGAAAUUGGGCCGGACCUUCGAUAUUUACUGCCUCAGCUACCUGAAGUUGUGGCUAAGGUUAUGCCUCAUCACAAUAGCUUCACUCUCUCGGAAUCAACAUGAAGCACGAGAACAGAAAAAGCCUCAAGUCACACUGCAACUCAUCGAAAGACUCAACAGUAUUUCUCUGGUAUUGCUCUAACGGGCUAGAUACGAUCCAGAUUUUAUCUCACGGUCGAGAUCGAGAGAAGACCAACAUACACGUAGCAAUGCUCAAUACACGUAACGGAAACCAGGUCUCUCCCAAUCGGUGGUAUCAGCAAGAUACUCUUCCAUAUUUUCCUGAGGAUUGAACACACGAUCUGAAGCUCGUCCUUCGGACUUCUCUUUACGAUAAUUAGCCCACGGGAAGAUUUUAUGCCAGUCUAAAAUCAGCGUGAGACUGCAGGUCUGGACAGGACUAAGGGUGAGGCUAUCGUAACUUACAGGAUAGGAUGGAGCUUCGCGCGAUUUGUAGAACUGAGGUCCGGCGAUGUUACCAGCACAGUAUGCGAUAAACAUCAUGGCGUUUACCGUUGUCUUCUUUGUGGUUCCAGCAACAUUCGACGAGAUGAGAGAGAGCGCAAGUGGCAUAUUUGCAGCGAAAACGGUGCAGAGGCAGUAACCGCCCAGCCUUGCGCCUUUGUGGCUCGCAGGAAUUGCAUAGACCAUUGCCAUACCAACAAGACUGAUGAGAUUGAGGAAAAACAUUAUGUUAAGUCGGAUGUUCUUGAACUUGGAAGGCAAGUAACAUGCCAAAAGCACAAAGACCAGUUGAGUCGCACCUCCUGGCAUUUGAAGGAGGAGCGCAUCCAAGCCUUUGUAUCCAAAACCUGCAAUCACGAGGGAGCCAAAGGCUGUAAGCCCACCGUUAGGCAGAUUGACUACAAAGGACCAAAAGAAGAUCAGCCAUGCUUGGGGGUCGAUAAGUGCCUGUAGAGUUUGAGAUUUUUGAAACUUGUUGGUCUUGAUGCCUGUGUUGUUUUCGGCCACGCGAAACAGCGCGACAUCCUUCUGACGAGGAGACAGGAACUUGGCUUGUGCAAUUGAGUCGGGCAACACAAAAAUCAUGAGCACACCCCAGGCGACUGUAAUGCCGCCAAAGACCAGAACGAGAAGUCUCCAGGGGGCAAUAUCGGCCCCAGCAGUUCCGAUAGCGUACGCCAACAGACCUCCAAUGAAGUUCGCCAUCGAGUUACCCACGAACCAUAAACCAUGGCGCAAUGGCUGCUCUUUCCUGCGAUAGAACAUGGCCAUGAUAAGGGAGAAUCCUGGUGCAACAGAAGCUUCACUCACCCCGAGUAGGAACCGCGCGACCAUAAGACCGGCAAAAUUUGAGACGGCGGCAUGACACAUGAGGACGGCGCCCCAUAUGAUGACGGAAACGGAAAGGUAUUUUCCAAUCGGGCAGCGAACCAUCAAGUACGAUGCUGGGAAAGACCAGAAGAGAUAGCCGAAAUAGAAUAUUCCAGCAACCCAGGAGAACUCGCUGCCGACGAGUUUCUGUUGCGAAGAUCAGCUGGAAGUGCUCGCGUUUCAAAAAGACUUAGCACUUGCUCACCGUGUCUUCAAGUAGGCCUAGAAGAGUAGAAUAAUUCAAAGUCGACUUGUCGAGAAACUGCAGCAUAUAGCAAAAACCGAGCAGAGGCAUGAGCACUAUGUCAAGUCUUCGUCGCGUCGCAGCAUCUUCUUCGGGGGUAAUAUGGUCGACGACGCCAUGUCCACGCGAGAUUUGGUUGGAAAUAACAGUCCCCGCACACUCAGCAGACUUCUCGUUGAUGUCGGCUACCUUCUCCAUCCUAGCUUCUUCCUUGCUGUUGACUCUCAGUUAUGACGGGGUAGAAGAAAGAAGACUGAUAUAUCAGGCUGCUGGAAAGGAUGACAUCUCACGAGAGCUGGGACGAAGGCCGUACUUAUGCUCUUCGUCGCGGGCAUUCUUAUCGCCUGCGAGGCAAACGUUCUCCGCCCGCCCAACUAAAUGGAUUACUCCGGCAUUUUGGAAUGAUGUUCGAAUAUGGAAUGAGGUUUGAACAUCGGUUCGGAAUAGGGAACCAUUCCCGCCAGCACGAGCGCGCAAAACACCAUGAUUGGUCAAGCUCCACCUCACACUAUCAACCCCCACAUCAUGUCCUAUCACGAGCGCGCUUUUCACCAUCAUUGGCCGUAUGUCCAGAUGCUAGAUUUCGACUUCAAAUCUUUCGACUCUGUUAUAGUAGCAUUUUGAAGCCGAUAAGGGCGUAUUUUAAUCUCACUGGACCAUGAAUAACUGCCGUGAACAUGGUCAGCUUUACCCAUGGGGUGGAAGACGUCAAGCUUUGGCGUGGACAUAAAUGCUCUAUCGAUGUUGCCUCUCAAGCAUUAGACCUUUUCCCCAAAAUAAGUUGAUUCAGAACCAGUCCUGUGUUUCACCCUCUCGAAUGUCUUGCGAUAUCGCUACUUCCGUAGCCGCGAGUGACGCUGUAAUGGCUGUCUCUGAAAAGCCACUGUCUGAUGCACGGCUGCAAGAAGAACUCGAUGUCGCUAUCCAAGCAGUCUACCAAGGCCUUGCCAAAGUGAAUCGGGAGGUAUACGCGCAGGGAAUUGUCGAUACGUGCUCGAUGACGCCCUAACGAUUUGAUAGAUUCACAAUAACCCUGAGACGGCUUGGAACGAACAUCAUGCGCAUGAUACAAUCUGCGAAUUCCUUGAUUCCGCUUCGUUUCAUUCGACACGCCACGCAUACGGGGUAUCCACAGCUUUCGAGUCUCGCACCACUUGUGGGAAUGGCGGCCGCACUGUUAACUUCAAUGCAGAAUAUGAUGCCCUGCCAGGCAUAGGACACGGCUGUGGGCACAACCUCAUAACCAUCGCCAGCCUCGUCGCCUACCUUGGCCUUAGUCGCUUGAUGGCAGUGUACCAGAUCGAUGGUACGCUUCAGUUGCUCGGGACCCCCGCAGAAGAGCUUGGCGGGGGUAAAAUUGCACUUCUCGAAGCGGGUGCGUACAAAGACGCAGACGUCUCGCUAAUGGCCCACCCAUACCCCGUUCCAAACGAUGGCUCAGUUAAAUUCCCAGAUGGAUGCGCUGGACUCCGUUCGAAUGCUCAUAUAGGUUUGUCAGUUGCGUACACCGGAAGAUCUGCCCAUGCCGGUGCAGAGCCAUGGGAGGGCAUCAACUCUCUCGAUGCCUUGGUCUCGGCCUACAACAAUGUCAGCAUGCUCCGCCAGCAGAUGAAACCUGACUGCAGAGUUCACGGGGCCAUAGUUGAAGCUCCAAAGGUGGCAAACGUCAUUCCUGACCGCACGUCAGCUACCUUCUCUGUUCGUGCACCUACCAUCGCUGCCGCUGAAGAGCUCGCGCAAAGAGUGGACGCCUGUCUGAAAGCUGGAGCGGUGGCAACGGGCUGUGAGUGUUCGAUAAAGAAACAUCCGUCGUACGCUGAUCUAAUCCCUAAUCGAACUUUGUGUGAGUCCUACUCGUCACACAUGCGAUCGUUGGGGAGACGUGUAGAAGUCAUGAGCACAGAAGUCCUGGGCGCAAGCACAGAUCAGGGCAAUGUCAGUUAUGCGGUCCCAGCAUUGCACCCCAUGUUUGGGGUCUCUUGUGGACCGGGCAUUAAUAUUCAUAGUCGAGAAUUUGCAGAGGUGGCCGGCACAGGAGAGGCAUUCGAGGCUGCUGUGGUCGUGGGAAAAGCAUUGGCGCUCACAGGAUGGGAUCUUCUGACUCAAGAGGCCACCUCCAUUUGUACCAAGGAGGACUUUAAGAAUGCAUUAUUAGAAUCAUGAGGACAAAUUAUCAGGUCGUUAAUAUGAUGCUAUACAAUACAGAUCCCGG